UCACUUAGAAUCCAUCAUGGAUAUUGACAGAAGGCGUGACGAAUCCAAGUACGACCGUGAUAUUUACUGAUUACGAUGAUCCAGCACAGAAUAAUACCGUACCUUUUCAAGUACAGAUUGUCUCUCCAUCAACAUUUUCCUUAUCUGGUCCUACAUUGAGUUACAACGGUACGUAUCGAUUGACAUACAAUGGUGUCUUGAAUCGCACUGUCACGAAGAAUCUCACUGUAACAUUCAAUGCUAAUGAUAAAAAAGGCUUCUCAGCGAUAUCAAGCAUUCCAAUUAUUGUUGGUGAUGUUUUAAAUAAUUAUCCCAUCUCAAAUGGUUAUAAAACCGUGACUGUCAUCUAUGUUAAUGGUUAUAUAAAUUCAUUACUCAACGUUCCCCUUGGUUCCGUUUAUGUCAAUGAUCUAGAUGAUUGGUAUAUAGCUAGCCGAUCAUAUUCGGUCAGAUCUGCUAGUAAUGGACAAACAUUCACAGUUAACCAAGGUUAUCUAAGCACGUCGAGUUCACUCUAUCCAGGAUCAGCGACAGUUCUUGUUGAUGUCACCAAAUCAAAUGUGCCAUCAUCAGCUGUUGGUACAGUGGAAGUUGGAGUGCAAAGUGUCGACUCAGAAUGGGUUCGACAAGCAGCUACGAUUCGUAUUCAAGGUGAAUAUCCUGAAACAUUAAUCGAUCCGACACUCGGUAAUCGUCUCAACGUUCUUCGCAAUGCUUUGGCAUCCAUAUUACUUGUUACUGCUGAUUCUAUCACAAUUCUUGCUAUUCGGCCCGUUUUUCAAUGUCGUAGUCCAUACUAUCCACCUUUACCAUUCGAUCAAGCCAAACAACAAGCGUUAACCGAUAUUGUUUUCUACAUACCAUCGCUAGCCAAGAGUGAUAUUGAAAACUCGAUCAAUACCAACAUUGCUCGAUUUGCCUCACUCUAUGGCAUCAUAGUGAGUGCUAGUGGACCAAAUCCAUGUUCGAAUUAUGUUUGUCCAUCUGGUACAAUCUGUCGUCCAACACGAACCAUUCAACCAUUACCUUACGUUAUUGAUUCAAAUCAAACAUCUUUCGUUGGCAUCAAUGUUGUAGAUUCAGCUGAUUGUGUCAAUAAUACUUAUUCGCCUAAUUUCGUUAAUACUCAAUCUGGCUGUACGACAUAUUCGUUCAAUAAUUUCACUUAUUGCCCUUGCACGUCGUUACAAGCUUACGCUCCACUUGGUCCUUACUGUCAAGUGCUGGGAAGAACAUUCCGUGAAAACGGUGGUGGAUACGCUGUUUUCGAUGGAAUGUAUUUCUCAAAUCAAGCCCCAACACGUUUUUCAUUUGAUUUUGCUUUGCGAUCACCUGUCGUCAACGGACUGAUUCUAUUAUAUGGAAAGAAUACAACAGACGUCAGCGACUUUUUCUGGACUUCGGCUGAAAUCUUUAAUUCAAAAUUGAGACUUCGCUUCCGAGAUCAAAUACUCGAUGCAACAAAUACAGUCAUCAACGCAUCAACAUGGUACCAUGUAGAAUUUCAAUACAUUGAUUCAUUGAUUCUUGUCACAGUUAACGAUUGUCAAUAUGUAUUAUCGACCUUUAACAAGACAUUGAAUAGCUACGAUCUGUCGAAUGUUCAACUUUUUCUUGGUGGCCUACCGGUUACGGGCUCGUUAGUAUCUGGUCUCUAUCCAAGUUUCACACAAGUCAAUACAUUCAGUGGAUGUAUACGAAACGUCAUGUCUAAUGGUUAUUAUUUGGACAUGAAUGCUGCAGUGGCAUCCGCACAUUCUGAGACAGGUCAAUGCUCACCAACAUUGACAACAAUUUCCACAACAACAACAGUAGCAGGAGGACAUGCUACGAACAUAAUCGUAUCAAGAUUCACACGGUUAUUAGUCGCAUCUAUUCUCUACAAAACAUAUGCAGUAUAG